ACACUUGAGGUGAAAAUACACGUGUAAACCCUGGCGUUUACAGAAGAUGAAAGACAUCGACAUAGGAAAAGAGUACAUUAUACCCAGUCCUGGGUAUAGAAGUGUGAGGGAGAGAGCUGACUCCGUGCAGCACGAAGAGCAGGAAGAGUCUAAUUUUCAGCAUUCUAAACUUAAGCAGAUUGAAUGCCAGGAUGCCUUGGAAGCAGCAGCUCGGGCAGAGGGCCUGCCACUGGACACCUCUGUGCAUUCCCAGCUGAGAAUGCUGGACGAAGAGCAUCACAAGGGCAAAUACCACCAUGGUCUGAAUGCACUGAAACCCAUACGGACCACUUCCAAGCACCAGCACCCUGUUGAUAAUGCUGGGCUGUUCUCCUCCAUGACCUUCUCCUGGCUCACUCCUUUGGCCCACAGAGCAUACAAGAAAGGAGAAUUGUUUAUGGAUGAUGUAUGGUCUUUAUCAAGGCAUGAAUCUUCAGAUGUCAAUUGCAGAAGGCUGGAAAGAUUGUGGCAGGAAGAACUGAAAGAAAGUGGGCCUGAUGAUGCUUCUCUCCGGAGGGUUGUGUGGAUUUUCUGCCGCACCAGGCUCAUCCUUUCCAUAGUGUGUCUGAUGAUCACGCAGCUUGCGGGUUUCAGUGGACCAGCAUUUGUUGUGAAACACCUCUUGGAGUAUACCCAGCAGAGUGAGUCCAACCUGCAGUACAGCUUGUUUUUAGUUUUUGGCAUCUUUAUGACGGAAGUGGUGCGAUCGUGGUCCCUGGCACUAACCUGGGCAUUGAAUUAUCGCACGGGGGUCAGACUGCGUGGGGCUGUCCUGACAAUGGCAUUUAAGAAAAUCCUUAAGCUGAAGAACAUCAAGGAGAAGUCUCUUGGAGAGCUCAUAAAUGUUUGUUCCAAUGAUGGUCAGAGGAUGUUUGAAGCUGCAGCAGUUGGCAGUUUGUUGGCUGGGGGCCCUAUUGUGGCUAUCUUGGGAAUGGUUUAUAAUGUGAUUAUUCUGGGUCCAACAGGCUUCUUGGGAUCUGCUGUCUUCAUCCUCUUCUACCCAGCAAUGAUGUUUGUGUCACGCCUCACAGCUUAUUUCAGAAGAAAAUGCGUAGCAACAACAGAUGAACGUGUGCAAAAGAUGAAUGAAGUUCUUAAUUACAUUAAAUUCAUUAAAAUGUAUGCCUGGGUCAAACCAUUUUCUCAGAAUGUUCAAAAAAUUCGUGAGGAGGAACGCAAAAUCUUGGAGCGUGCAGGCUACUUCCAGAGCAUCACUGUGGGAGUGGCUCCCAUUGUUGUUGUCAUUGCCAGUGUGGUGACCUUUUCUGUCCAUAUGAUCCUUGGCUAUGACCUUACAGCAGCUCAGGCAUUCACAGUGGUCACUGUCUUUAACUCAAUGACUUUUGCUCUCAAAGUAACUCCAUUCUCAGUGAAGUCUCUGUCUGAGGCAUCUGUUUCUGUUGACAGAUUUAAGAGUUUAUUUCUAAUGGAAGAGGUUCAUAUGAUAAAGAAAAAACCAGCCAAUCCUCACACCGCGAUAGAGGUGAAAAAUGCUACCUUGGCUUGGGACUUCUCCCACGCCAGCGUCCAGAGCUCACCAAAGUUGACCCCCAAAGUGAAAAAAGACAAGAAAGUCACCAAGAGCAAGAAAGAGAAAAUGAAGCUACAGAAUGAGGGACAGCAAGCUGUGCUGGCAGAACAGAGGGGCCAUCUUCUAGUGGACAGUGAUGACCAUCACAGCCCCGAAGAGGAGCACAAAAUCAUCCACCUGGUUAACCUUCGGCUUCAGAGGACUCUGUACAACAUUGACUUGGAGAUAGAAAAGGGAAAACUUGUUGGAAUUUGUGGCAGUGUGGGGAGUGGAAAAACUUCACUUAUCUCAGCAAUUUUAGGGCAGAUGACCCUGUUGGAGGGGAGCAUUGCAGUAAGCGGUAUGUUUGCGUACGUGGCCCAGCAGGCCUGGAUUCUCAAUGCCACUCUCCGGGACAACAUCCUUUUUGGCAAGGAAUAUGAUGAAGAAAGAUACAAUACUGUGCUGAAUGGUUGCUGUCUAAGGCCUGACCUGGCCAUCCUUCCAAAUGGGGACCUGACAGAGAUUGGUGAACGAGGGGCUAACCUGAGUGGGGGACAGCGUCAGAGAAUCAGUCUGGCUCGAGCCCUGUACAGUGACAGGGACAUUUACAUCCUUGAUGACCCCCUUAGUGCCUUAGAUGCUCAUGUUGGAAAUCACAUUUUUAACAGUGCAAUAAGGAAGCACCUGAAGUCAAAGACCGUCCUUUUCAUCACGCAUCAGCUUCAGUAUCUUGUUGACUGUGAUGAAGUGAUCUUCAUGAAAGAAGGCUGCAUUACCGAGCGAGGCAGUCACGAGGAACUGAUGAAUUUAAAUGGGGAUUAUGCAACUAUUUUUAAUAGCCUACAGCUGGGAGAAACACCACAUAUUGAGAUUAAUAUCAAGAAGAACACAAACAAUUCACUGAAAAGGCCCCAGGAUAAAAGUACCAAAACAGGGUCUGUGAAGAAGGAGAAAGUUGUAAAGAAGGAAGAGGAGGGUCAGUUGGUCCAGUUGGAGGAGAAAGGCAAAGGCUCUGUUCCCUGGUCUGUUUAUGGUGUCUACAUUCAGGCAGCUGGAGGCCCCUUUGCAUUCCUCAUCAUCAUGGCACUGUUUGUGCUGAAUGUGGGCAGCACAGCUUUUAGCAACUGGUGGCUGAGUUUCUGGAUCAAGCAAGGCAGUGGAAACACCUCUGUGACUUUGGGAAAUGAGACUGUCAUAAGCAACAGCAUGAAAGAUAACCCUCACAUGCAAUACUAUGCUGGCAUCUAUGCACUGUCUAUGGCAGUUAUGUUGAUUCUGAAAGCUGUUCGUGGUGUGGUCUUUGUAAAGGGAACUCUCAGAGCAUCCUCAAGGCUCCAUGACGAGCUCUUCCGACGGAUUCUGCGUAGUCCCAUGAAGUUCUUUGACACUACCCCCACUGGGAGGAUCCUCAACAGGUUUUCCAAAGACAUGGAUGAAGUUGACGUUCGUUUGCCGUUUCAAGCAGAAAUGUUCAUCCAGAACGUCAUCCUUGUGUUCUUCUGUGUGGGGGUGAUUUCAGGGGUGUUCCCCUGGUUCCUGGUGGCAGUGGGGCCCCUCAUUGUCCUGUUCACAGUUCUGCAUGUUGUGUCUAGAGUCUUUAUUCGAGAGCUCAAGCGUUUGGACAACAUCACACAGUCUCCAUUCUUGUCUCACAUUACAUCUAGCAUCCAGGGUCUUUCCACAAUCCAUGCCUACCACAAAGGACAGGAAUUUCUGCACAGGUACCAGGAGCUGCUGGACGACAACCAGGCCCCGUUUUACCUGUUCAGCUGCGCAAUGCGCUGGCUGGCUGUGCGCCUGGACAUUAUCAGCAUUGCUCUGAUCACAACCACUGGCCUUAUGAUUGUCCUGAUGCAUGGCCAGAUCCCUCCUGCCUAUGCUGGGCUGGCCAUCUCAUACGCUGUGCAGUUAACAGGGUUAUUCCAGUUUACAGUCAGAUUGGCUUCAGAGACAGAAGCUCGUUUCACCUCAGUGGAGAGGAUUGAUCACUAUAUCAAGACCCUUUCUCUAGAAGCUCCUGCUCGAAUUAAGAAUAAAACUCCUCCUCUGGACUGGCCACAGGAAGGUGAAGUUGUUUUUGAAAAUGCAGAGAUGCGGUACCGAGAGAACCUCCCUCUAGUACUUAAAAAAGUGUCCUUUACCAUCAAACCGAAGGAAAAGAUUGGCAUUGUGGGGAGGACAGGCUCAGGGAAAUCUUCCCUUGGAAUGGCACUCUUUCGUCUUGUUGAACUGUCUGGAGGCUGCAUUAAAAUUGAUGGAGUGAAAAUAAAUGAUAUUGGCUUGGCAGAUCUUCGGAGCAAACUCUCCAUAAUCCCUCAGGAACCUGUGCUUUUCAGUGGCACUGUGAGAUCAAACUUGGAUCCUUUCAAUCAGUACAGUGAAGAACAAAUCUGGGCUGCUUUGGAAAGGACUCACAUGAAGGAGUGUGUUGCACAGCUGCCUAUGAAACUUGAUUCAGAAGUGAUGGAAAAUGGGGAGAACUUUUCUGUUGGAGAGAGACAGUUACUGUGCAUAGCUAGGGCUCUGCUGCGUCGCUGCAAGAUAUUGAUCCUGGAUGAAGCAACAGCUGCUAUGGACACAGAGACUGACUUACUGAUCCAGGAGACCAUCAGAGAGGCGUUUGCAGACUGCACUAUGUUAACGAUUGCUCAUCGCCUGCACACGGUCCUGGGCUGUGAUCGGAUCAUGGUGCUAACACAGGGACAGGUAGUGGAAUUCGACACCCCGACUGCCCUUCUGGCCAACGAGAACUCGCGCUUCUAUGCUAUGUUUGCUGCUGCAGAGAACAAGGUUGCUGUCAAGGGCUGAAAUUCAGGGCAAAGUCACUUUAAUUUUGGAGAGCUACGCUCCCUGCCUGUGGCAGGCCAGCUCUUCCUCCUCCUCGCAGAUUAUUGCCUUUUCAUCUUUUAGUUUUUAGCACAAUGUGUCAAGUCAGAGAGUUUUUAAAACCAUGUCAGAAGAACUCUUCAUGUUUUUAUUAUUGUAUUUAUUCCAUAUUACUAAUUUUUUGUUAUUAAAUGCACUCUACAAAUGGCUCAGGGAGCCAUAGUUAUAAAUGUAUCAGAGGCCUAUAAUGAAGCUUUAUACAUGUAGCUAUAUCUAUACAUAAUUCUGUAUAUAGCCUAUAUUUACAGUGGAAAUGUAAGCUGUUUAUUUUAUAUUAAAAUAAGCACUGUAUUAAUAACAGUGCAUAUUCUUUUCUAUCAUUUUUGUACAGUUUAUGGUACCAGAGAUCUGGCUUUAUCGGACUGUAUCAGACAACAUUUUGUCUUUUACAGUUCGUCUUUUCCUAGUGCUGGAUUUUCUGCGUGUCUGAGUGGAAGUGAAGCUUUGCAAUAGUGUCCUUUAUUGUCACAUCUUUGUCUAGCGCAGCAGAGAAGAGCUCUGUGGUGUAACUAUUGCAUUGUAAUUUAUCAAAGCUAUUUGGGGCAUUGCUGAUGUUCACCACGGCAGGGGCUGCUGCUUCCCAUGAUGCUUUUCCAAAGCAGGGUUUUUAGUGAUCCGAGUGGAAAAACCACUCCUGGGUCACAUUAAGGCCUUGUAUUUUCUCAGUGUCCUGACACAGUAUUUCUUACUGUAUCAGCAGAGUUUAUUUUAAUGCAAGCAAGCCCAAGCUCUUCCUGCUUCGCUAAUCUAACACAACCAAAAUCUUACUGUUUGUGGAAUGAUCUGUAACAAAUUAAUCAUAAGGUUCAAAUCAUACCCUGUAUGCUGGCAGGAAAGCCUUUUCAGAAUUGCUUCAGCUGACUGACUCUUUACCUUGAAGCUGCUAACACUCCUCAGAGAUUUAGGUUGGCUUUCACUGGCAUGGGUACCACUAACUCUUUGUUCUGCUCACUUAUACUAAGAUUAAUCAACAUCGAUAUUUCCUGUUUCUUUCUUGCACACUUGUUAAGGAAGCAGUCCUCGACCCCACGUCUUCUGGAACCUUAAAGGGGUUCCUGUUGAUCAGGAUGUAACACUGGUGUAGGACAUGGUUUUCUUACUGUAAAUGACCUACCUCAGGUUACUGGGUCCUGCGUAGUGCGUUGCCAUGAUCACUGUACACCAUCCCUGUUUUUUGGGACUUGUGGCCCAGGGGGACACAGUCGCUCCUGUGAUAACCGUGACUUAUUGAAUGGUCAGCGUUGCAUGUCUUUGUCAACUUGGACAUUUUGUAGCCUUAGCAUGUUUGCAAAAUGUCUCAUUGAGGCAGAAAUCUGAAAAGUAAAUAAAACUAUUUUGGGUUUUGUAAAUUUUA